AUGUCUACGACAGUCAAAGAAUCUGCCUCCAACGUACCUUUCACGCUACUGGAUUGGAUAGCUGGAUACCGCUCAAGGGUUGUUCCAGCCAAGAGAAGCUCACAGUUCUCCUCGUCUGCGUCUUUCCUCUUCUACUCAACUGAGCUCACCGACGCGGCAGCUGGUGACGAUGAGGGAGAGUUACCCAAAUCCUCGAUGAGGUCUAGGACGAUAUCUAGCCAUGAUAUGUGCGAACUACGAAGUCUUGACAAGAUGCUGUCAGGAUAUUUUGACUGCCAAAACCGAUGCCCAGAAAGCCUCCCGGAGAGAUUAAGGGUCAAACAUGAGCACCACGCCGACGACCUGGAGAUUGGGCAAGUCUACGUGGGCUACUCUGCUUUAUUGCUUGAGGAUGCCUACCUAAAGAUCGACAAGAAUACUGCAAACCCCAGUAUCGAUUUGAUGGUAUUCAUCGGUACUCGUACAGAACCAUCAGGCCAGUCAUGUCACAAGAACAUCAUCUACCACGAGAAUGCUCUUGUUCCAGGCAAUAUCCGACACAUGAAAGCUGCAAUGCAUGGUUCUCUAAGCAAGGAGGAGGGUUGUGUAUUCAUUGAACGCUGGAUGCGAGAACGACGAAACAUUCUAGCUGGAGGAUGUCCCUCACGUCGCAAAGGUUUCAGUUUCGGAUCGAGACAACAGAAGACCGUAUGCCGCCUCGCUAUACCAGAUUGA